CCUGCCUCGACUGCGCGUCUUUGCGGCCGUUCCAGGUCUGGCCGUAAAGCAGCGCGGGUCGCAGACGUAGCGCGCGCGCGCCAGACUCGGCCCGCGGAAGGGAUAAGCUAGUCGCGCGGCGCUAACGAGGCGCCAGCGGCGGGAUGGGGCUGCUGGAGCAGUGCGAGGCGGCGUUCGGCGCCGCCGGCCUCUAUCAAGUGCUGGGCGUCAGACAGGAGGCCUCGGGGGACGAGAUCCGCCGCGGCUACCACAGGGUCUCGCUGCGGGUCCAUCCGGACCGCGCGGCCCCAGACCGCAAGGAGGAGGCGACCCGGCACUUCCAGCUCCUAGGCAAGGUGUAUGCGGUACUGAGUGACCAGGAGCAGCGGGCGCUGUAUGACGAGCAGGGGAUUGUAGAUGAGGAGUCAGACGCUCUGAGCCAGGACCGCGACUGGGAGGAAUACUGGAGACUGCUCUUCAAGAAGAUCACCAUAAAAGAUAUUGAAGACUUUGAAAAGAAGUACAAAGGUUCAGAAGAAGAGCUGGCUGAUGUUAAAGCAGCAUAUGAAGAUUUCAAGGGAGACAUAGACAAAAUUAUGGAAUCUGUGCUGUGUGUUGAUUAUACAGAUGAGCCAAGAAUAAGGAAGAUCAUACAACAAGCCAUUGAUUCUGGAGAAGUUCCAUCCUACAAAGUCUUUGUAAAAGAGUCGAAGCAAAAAAUGAAUGCAAGGAAAAGGAGGGCUCAAGAAGAAGCUAAAGAGGCAGAAAAGACCAGGGAGGAACUCGGUCUUGGUGAUGGGGAAGAUGACUUGAAAGCACUAAUUCAAAGCAGAAAUAAAGAUAGAAAAAAAGAAAUAGAUGACUUUCUGGCUCAAAUGGAAGCAAAGUAUGGAAACAAUUCCAAAAAAGGAGGAAAGAAAACAGCACCCAAGAAGGCAAAGAAAUAAUCAUCUAUUGACUUUCUAGCCUGUAUGUCAAUCCACAAAUGAACACCUAAGUUCCAGUGAAUCUCUGCAACCUUCCUGACUUCCACUGUAGAGCACAUGCGCAUCAAUUCAUUGUGGCUGGGAAGAUAUGAUAGCAAGUGAGAUGAAAACGAACUUUUUGGUGACACAAUUUUAAAUCUUCUCCUAAAUUUUCAUUAGGAUUAAAUAGGUUAUUGGAUUACCA